AAUUUAAAGGGGCCCGGCACCAACACCGGAAACUUACUCCAGAGCCGGAUCAUCUCGUGGGACCCACGCACUGCCAAUUUGUUUUUUCAGGCGUCAAAUUGAAAUUAGUAAAUUACAGCCGGAUGUCAAAACUAUUUUACAUACACUGCAUAAAUCCUUCACGGGCUGCCUAUCUCUCGCCGUUUCCACGGCCUCCGUUUCGUUUCGUCGGCGGGCGCUGCCAGCAAUUUCUUAAGUUUUCUCUCAAAUAUCCCUAACUAAACGUUGAGACCUAAAAUCUUUUCUGCUUCUGAAAGUCGAAUUGAAAAGCAGAUGGAGAGAACAUCACAAUUUGGUAAUCAGACGAUAAGAAACGGCCGUCGAUAGCGAAAUUGUUUGACGUACAGACUAUAGGAAAUUGGCGGCGUGGCUUGUCGAUGAGCAAUCAGAUGGUGACCCGAAAAACCAGUAAUUGUGCUAUUUGUCAGAGCUCAAACCUAGCUUCUAUUUGUGCCAAUUGUGUGAAUUACAGGCUGAAUGAUUACAAUGUCUCUCUGAAAUCACUGAAAAGUCACCGGGAUUCCCUAUAUUUGAGAUUAAGUGAAGCUCUUGUGGCGAAGGGUAAGGCAGAUGAUCAACUUAGUUGGAGAGUGCUUCAAAAUGAGAAGCUUGCUAGGUUGAAAGAGAAGCUUCGUCUAAGUAAAGAACAACUCUUGCAAGGAACGGCUAAGAUUGAGAAGAUGUCUCAUGAUCUGAAAGUAAAAUAUGGGUUACUGGAAUCAGCCUUGGACACGUUGGAAAGAAAUCGUGUGGAACAACUGGAAAAGUUCUAUCCUAAUCUUAUUUGCACUCAGAGCUUGGGGCAUAUGGCAAUUACAUCUGAGCGUCUUCAUAAACAAUCAGUGGUCAUAAAACAGAUAUGCAGGUUGUUCCCGCAUCGUAGGGUGAAUAUAGAUGGAGAGAGAAAGGAUGGGUUGAGCGGUCCAUAUGAUCAAAUUUGCAAUGCACGCUUACCUAGGGGACUUGAUCCUCAUUCUGUUCCAUCGGAUGAGCUUGCUGCCUCUCUGGGAUACAUGGUGCAACUUCUCAAUCUUGUUGUUCAGAACCUGGCUGCUCCUGCCCUUCAUAACUCUGGUUUUGCGGGUUCGUGCUCUAGGAUAUGGCAACGAGAUUCUUAUUGGGAUGCCCGCCCAUCUUCUAGAAGCAACGAAUAUCCCCUUUUUAUACCACGCCAAAAUUAUUGUUCGACUAGUGGGGAAAUUUCUUGGUCCGACAGAAGUUCAAGUAACUUUGGCGUUGCUUCGAUGGAGUCUGAAAGAAAGGCCCGUUUGGAUUCUUCAGGAAAUAGUAGCUUUAAUUAUUUUUCUGCUUCCCCACAUUCUGUUGAAACACACAAGGACUUGCAAAAAGGGAUUUCACUUCUCAAGAAAAGUGUGGCAUGCAUAACAGGAUAUGGUUAUAACUCGUUAUGUUUAGAUGUGCCUCCAGAGGCAUCUACAUUUGAAGCAUUUGCGAAGUUGUUGACCACAUUAUCUUCCCCGAAGGAAGUUCGAUCUGUUUUCUCCUUGAAAAUGGCUGGUUCAAGGUCGGGUAAGCAAGUUCAACAAUUGAACAAAUCAGUGUGGAAUGUAAAUUCAGCCAUUUCAUCAAGCACUUUAGUGGACAGUGCGCUAACAUUACCUGCAACGAGAAACAUUUGUCAUAAUAACCUUCCAAGUUCUGCUGCCAGUUAUCUAUAUGCAACUGAGAUGUCUGAUCUAGGAAAGAAUGAAAGCCUGAUUGAAGGAUGGGAUCUUGUGGAGCAUCCCACUUUUCCCCCUCCUCCAUCCCAAAAUGAGGAUAUUGAGCAUUGGACUCGAGCCAUGUUUAUAGAUGCGAAGAAGAAAUAAUCCUGUGCUACCACAGCUGCCUCCGCUUUGUUCAUGGAGGAAGGCGCCAGCUUAACAAGAAGCCAGUGGGAGAGGAAUUAACAUGUAAAAUAAGAUUGACGUUGACCUUUGUUUAUUCACGCACAGAUGAUUAGGUGUAUGUAGAUAUGCAGUUGUAGUUAUAUUAGAUGAUUUAAAGUGAACGUAUACAAAAUUCAGUUAUAUGACUUAUUGUUUCGUAUUCGAUAUUUAUUUUUCCAAUUAUCAAUUCACAUUUGCUUCA